AGCCAGACGAUGGUAGUCGACGCGACGAGAACGGGAAAGAACCGAGCGUUCGUCGCGAAAUUCCACGAACAUAGUUAAAAAUUGCCGUGGAUCGAAAAAUACGGAACAACUGCCGGUGGCAGUUCUUCCUUUUGGUGUCGCGGAAGGCGAGCCAUGGCAUUCGCGUCUAGGGACAUUUUCGUGAAGUCAACCUGUGAGGGCCUCUAGUUUACCAUCUUUCCACGUGCUUUUCAAAGCGCUAGUAUCUCUCCCGAUACCGACGAGAGCACAAUUUGUUUACCUGGUGUGAAGUUGAAUGUGCGAUGCAGUGCUCGUGUGCGAAAUGACAUUUUGAGGAUAACUUUCGUAUAACGUGAAUGGAAACGCCGCGUUAUUGAGACUUCCUUUUUCCGUCGGUGACCGUGGGCGUCGCUGGCGUCCCUGGCGUCGGGCUGUGACAGGGUGUUGGCCGGGCCCUUGGAGCUGUGGACCAUGUGGGUCCGACUGCUGAUCCUCGCAGGGAUUCUGGUCGCAGGGGUUCUCGCUGAUGGCAAUAACUUUCCCGGCCAGUCCUCGUUCAUCAAGUACACAUCACACCCUCCCCGCAUCGUGAUCCGGCCGCGCGACCAGACGGUGCGCGCGGGCGGCACGGCCGCCUUCUACUGCUCGGCCAGCGGCAUCCCGCCGCCGUCGCUCAGCUGGAAGAAGAACGACAAGCGCCUGUCCAACUCGCAGAGCCGCUACGCCGUGGAGGCGGGCGGCGGCGUGCUGCGGAUCGAGCCGGUGCGCACGGGCCGCGACGACGCGCGCUACGAGUGCUCGGCCGAGAACGGCGUGGGCGACGCGGUCAGCGCCACCGCCUCGCUCACCGUAAUAGAAACGGACAAGCUGCCGCCGGGCUUCCCCGUGAUCACGGCCAGCCAGACGACCAAGGUGGUGGAGAUCGGACACAACGCGGUGCUGCACUGCACCGUCAGCGGCAACCCGCCGCCCAGGAUCACGUGGAUCAGGGACAUGGUGCCCAUCGACCUCCCCGCGAACCCCCGCUACACUGUCCUGGACUCCAGGCUACCAGGAGCUCUUCAAAUUGCUAACAGUGAGACAGAAGAUGCUGGCAAAUAUGAGUGUGUGGCAGAAAACUCCCUUGGUACAGAGUUCUCCCAAGCAACACAGUUAUAUGUGAAAGAAAGGAGAGUACCACCCAGUUUUUCAAUCAAACCAGAACCAGUUCAGGAAGUAAUGCUUGGUGAAGAUGUAAACCUUACAUGUGUGGCUGUUGGUUCUCCCAUGCCUCGUGUAAUGUGGGUUAAAGGCACCGACACUGAGUCAACGUCUGAGUUUGAGACGUUAGUGGGAAAAAAUAUUUUGUUUCUUCGCAAUGUUCAAAAGUCAGAAAAUUUUACCUGUGUUGCUGCAUCUGCGCUGGGGAGGAUUAUGGAAAGAGUGCUUGUGAAAGUAAAAUCUCUUCCAUCGGCUCCCACAAAACUGGAAGUUUCAGAAAUAACUGCUACUACUGUAAAGUUAUCAUGGACUCACACUAUUCCAGAAGACCUGUCAUAUUAUGUGAUACAGCAUAAACCUAGAUCUGCUACAAAUCAAGCCUUUUCUGAAAUCUCGGGAAUUAUCACACAGUAUUACACUGUACGCUCCCUAUCACCCUACACUGAGUAUGAAAUGUAUGUAUUAGCUGUCAACCCCAUUGGAAGAGGACCACGCAGCUCAGCCCUCUAUGUUACUACAGGAGAAACAGCUGAAUUUGGAGGUUCAAAACCUGGAACAGCUCCAAGGAAUGUUCAAGUUAGACCUCUCAGCUCCAGUACUAUGGUUAUUCAGUGGGAUGAACCAGAAACACCCAGUGGUCAAAUAUCAGGUUAUAAUGUAUACUACACCACAAACCCUCAAGAAGUAAUUGCUAAGUGGCAAAUGCAAAAAGUAGACAACAGCCAGUUGACAACUAUUGGAGAACUUACUCCUCACAGCAUUUACACAAUUCGAGUCCAAGCAUUUACAAGUAUUGGUCCAGGCCCCUUUUCAGUGCCUGUCCAGGUUAAAACCCAACAAGGUGUUCCCAGUCAACCUAGUAAUCUACGUGCAAGUGACAUUGGUGAAACGUCAGUCACUCUUGUGUGGAACAAACCAACUCACGCAAGUGACAACAUUGUUGCUUAUGACCUCUACUGGAAUGAUACAUUUGUCAGAGAAAGGCAUCAUCGCCGCAUUGCUGCUUUAGAGAGCUACAAACUAACAGGCCUUUAUCCAAAUACUCUUUAUUACAUUUGGCUAGCUGCACGGUCCAGCAGAGGGGAAGGAGCAACAACAGUACCUAUUCCUGUUCGAACCAAGCAGUAUGUCCCUGGCAACCCUCCACAAAAUGUAACUGUGGAGAUGGAAAGUUCAUCUUCACUUCUCGUCACCUGGAAACCACCUCUCUCUGAUCGUCCCAGUGGAGACAUUACAUACUACAAGCUCUUCGUUGUGGAAGAUGGUCUGCCCGAAUCGGAAGCAAGUGUCAUCACCGUUCGGGAAGCAAGAACCUCCAUGGUUGUGGAUGAGCUAAGGCCAUGGACCAACUACUCGGUUUGGGUCCUUGCUGGAACUCAAAUUGGUGAUGGGCCGGCGUCGGAACCUGUCAUGGCCUGCACCGGAGAGGACGUGCCUGGAGCGCCGAAAGACAUUGUUGCUACUCCCAUCAAUUCUACUGCAAUUAAUGUUCGCUGGAGUCCUCCUGAUGAAAAAGAAAGGAAUGGCAUCAUACGUGGCUAUCAAAUACAUGUGCAAGAGGCCAGUAUAGAGGGUACUACUAGCCGACUUAUGUAUGACCCUAUAAGAUUAGAUAUUCAGGAUGGCUCAGUUCUUGAAGGGAAUGUACCAGGGCUUCAACCAGACACAAAUUAUUCAGUCCAGGUUGCUGCCCUAACUCGUAAAGGAGAUGGUGAUCGUAGUAAACCUAUAACUGUUCGCACUCCAGGUGGAGUCCCAAACCGACCAAAUCUAAACUUGAAAGCUAAAAGGAAAGAUGAUACUGGAGAUGUUAAUGAUUUGGAACUGGAGUGGAAUGCACCUACCCAGAAACAUGGAGAAUUGAUAGGUUUUCGGUUGCGGUUUGGAAUUCAAAAUCAAAGUCUUCAAGAGAAAUUGUUAGGUCCAUCAGAGACUCACUUUCUUCUGCAAGAUUUAGAGAGAGGGGUAGUUUAUGAGUUUAGACUUGCAGGACAAAAUGAAGUUGGCUAUGGACAAGAGAUAAUGAAAACAUAUGUCACACCUGAAGGAGCUCCAACUGGACCACCAUCAAAUAUAUCAGUUCAUUUUCAGACCCCUGAUACUGUGAGCAUAACUUGGUCUGCUCCUCCAAGAGAGAAACGUAAUGGUGUGAUAAUGUACUACCACGCUGUUCUACACAAAAAAGAUGACCACUCAACUCAGUUUGAAAGAAACACUACCUUUAACAAGGCUGUCUUUCCUAACCUCGAAGACAACUCUGAAUAUAUAUUUAAAGUUCGAGCCCACACAACCAAAGGUGCUGGGCCGUACAGUGAACAUGUGACAAUUAAAACCCAAUCCGAUGUUCUUCGUGCACCUCGAAAUGUUAAUGUAGUUGCUACGUCUGAUCAUAGUGCAGAAGUCUGGUGGGAACCAGUAACUUCCAGGCAUGCUGUAGGAUAUACAAUCUUUUACAGUGAAGAAGCUGUUGAAGAUCUUGAUAGAUGGAAUCAAAAGAAUGUUUCGCUUACUGAAUCAGCAGACCUUACUAAUCUUGAUAAAAAUUCUGAAUAUGCUGUGGUUAUAGCUGCUAGAUCAAAGACUGGUCUUGGCCGCUUAUCAGAGAAGAAAACAGUGAAAGUGAAACCAGAGGAUGUGCCCAUGGGCUUUUAUGCAUCAGAUGUUAGCACCCACAGCAUGACCCUUUAUUGGUCAGCACCCAAUCAACUAAACCCUCUAAAGUACAAGAUAUCCUAUGAUUCAGAGAAGCAAUUUGUUGACUCUCAAGGCAUUACCCAAACACAAAUUGUUCCGCCAAGAACAAUAUACGUUGAACCUCAUGUGCAUAAUUACACUGUGACAGAUCUAUCUCCAUUCACAACUUACAGAGUUAAUGUAAGUGCUGUGCCUCAAGACAGCUCAUACCGUCCACCAACUAAAACAACUGUGACAACUGGAAUGGCAGCUCCUCAGCCCAUGGUACAACCUGACUUUUAUGGAGUCACUGGUGAUGAAAUAUCUGUUAUACUACCACAAGCGUCAGAACAGUAUGGACCAAUUAGUCAUUACUAUCUUAUUGUUGUACCUGAAGAUAAGUCCACUUUCAAUAAAAACCCCGACCAGUUUCUGACUGAACAGAUGAUUGCAAAUAAAGGACAUAAAACUGAGAGGGAAAAUGCUCCUUACAUUGCUGCUAAAUUUACUCUCAGGAAUAUUCCAUACACUUUCUACCUUGGUAACAAUGAAACUUACGAAGGAUUUUUGAAUCGAAAACUUGAAAAGGGGAAAAGAUAUAGAAUAUUUAUCAGAGCUGUAGUGGAUACUCCUCAGAAGCAUCUUUACACUAGCAGUCCUUUCUCGGAACCACUCUCCCUGAAUAUGAGAUCAGCACCUCCAGGAGAUCCACCAAGGAGACCUGAUCCAAAUGUACCUGUUGAAAAUUCUGGAGAUGUGUCAGUCAACAGGAACACAGAGGAAGCAGGCAUGGUGUGGGUUAUUGGCCCGAUCAUUGCUGCACUUGGUUUGUCCAUUAUCAUGGUUCUUCUCUUUAUCUUAAAAAAGCGAAGACAGCCAUGUAAGGCUCCUGAUCAGGCUGCUGUGACAAGGCCUCUGAUAACUGCUGACAUAGCGACCUCCCAUGGCCCUAUGGACCCAGUUGAAAUGAGACGUUUAAAUCAUCACACUCCUGCCAUGGCGUCACAUCCUCCUAUUCCAUUUAAUGAAUUAGCUACCCAUAUUGAAAGAUUAAAAUCUAAUGAUAAUAUGAAAUUCUCUCAGGAAUAUGAGUCAAUAGAGCCUGGACAGCAGUUUACAUGGGAUCAUUCAAAUAUGGAGGUGAACAAACCUAAGAAUCGAUAUGCCAAUGUUAUUGCAUAUGAUCAUUCAAGAGUAGUCCUUCAACCAAUUGAUGGUGUUUUGGGAUCGGACUACAUCAAUGCUAACUAUUGUGAUGGAUACCGUAAACAUAAUGCCUAUGUAGCGACUCAGGGUCCUCUGCAAGAAACUUUUGCUGAUUUCUGGCGCAUGGUUUGGGAGCUAAGAACAGCUACAAUUGUCAUGAUGACUAAACUUGAAGAAAGAACAAGAAUCAAGUGUGAUCAGUAUUGGCCUACCAGAGGAUCAGAUACCUAUGGAAAUAUAACAGUUGCAAUAUCAGAUGUCCAAGAGCUUGCUACUUAUUGUAUUCGCACUUUCCACAUCCAUCAGUCGGGUUAUAGUGAACGUCGUGAAGUGAAGCAGCUCCAGUUUACAGCAUGGCCUGACCAUGGAGUUCCAGAUCACCCCGCUCCAUUCUUACAAUUUCUGAGAAGAGUUCGUAGUCUUAAUCCUGGUGAUGCUGGUGCAAUGGUUGUGCAUUGCAGUGCUGGUGUAGGACGAACAGGAUGUUUCAUUGUAAUUGAUUCAAUGUUAGAGCGUAUGCAAAAUGAAAAGACCAUUGAUAUUUAUGGGCAUGUUACUUGCUUACGAGCUCAAAGAAACUACAUGGUCCAGACUGAAGAUCAGUACAUGUUCAUUCAUGAUGCUCUACUUGAAGCAGUUGUCUGUGGUAAUACUGAAGUUGCUGCUCGAUCCCUUCAUACACACAUAUCAAAUUUACUUCUGAAUCAUGAUGGUGUAACUAACAUGGAACUUGAGUUCAAGCGAUUGUCAAAUAUGAAGACAGAUGCAUCACGCUUCUUAUCCGCUAGCCUUCAAUGUAAUAAACAUAAAAACAGACUUGUUCAUGUAUUGCCGUUUGAAAGCACAAGAGUUUGUUUACAACCAGUUCGGGGGGUUGAAGGCUCAGACUACAUAAAUGCCAGCCUUAUUGAUGGGUAUAGGCAAAGAGGAGCAUACAUUGCUACUCAAGGUCCUCUUCCUCAUACUGCUGAGGACUUGUGGCGUAUGUUGUGGGAGCACAACUCUACUAUUGUUGUAAUGUUGACUAAACUGAAAGAAAUGGGCAGAGAAAAGUGCCACCAAUAUUGGCCCUCUGAUCGCUCUGUGCGUUAUGCAUGUUAUGUUGUGGAGCCUAUUGCAGAAUAUAAUAUGCCUCAAUAUAUUCUUAGAGAAUUCAAGGUCACAGAUGCAAGAGAUGGUUCAUCUCGAACUCUGCGGCAGUUCCAGUUCACAGAUUGGCCUGAACAAGGAGUUCCCAAAUCAGGAGAUGGCUUUAUAGAUUUUAUUGGCCAGGUUCAUAAAACAAAAGAGCAGUUUGGUCAGGAGGGCCCAAUCACUGUUCAUUGCAGUGCUGGUGUUGGUCGAACUGGAGUUUUUAUAACUUUAAGUAUUGUUUUGGAAAGAAUGCAAUAUGAGGGGGUUGUUGAUGUUUUCCAAAGUGUCCGUGUUUUACGCACACAACGUCCAGCUAUGGUACAAACAGAGGAUCAGUACCAAUUCUGCUACAGAGCGGCGUUGGAAUACUUAGGUUCCUUCGAUCACUAUGCAACAUGAACAUAUAUUUACGCAGUAUAGUGAUCAACGUCCAAGUCGCCAAGGCUCCUAAAUUUUGUAUAUAUUGACUAGAUUGGAAUGGAGCGUUACUUUAAUUUUAAUGGUGUAAAUAAGCAACAAAAUGUGAUGAGCUCUCUGUUCAAGUUUUAAAUGCUUGAAUUAACUUUUGUGCUAUCUGUUAGCACAGAAAGAUGUUAAUUAAUUGGAUGUUAGGUUCCAAUGUUAAUAAUGAAUUUAGAAAAAAAAUGGAUGGAUUAGAGUACAUUGUGUAGUUAGUUAUGUAUGUAUUAAUGACUAUAGACUUAUACUGAUAGUAAACUAAGUUUUUCUAAUUAACACUGCCAUCCAUAUGUGCAGCUUACUACAUCAUUUUAAGUUUUUAUGCUGUGAACUUUAUGUUUGCUUUUAAUGUAAAUCUGUUCAAAAAUGAAGACCUGCUGCAGUAUUUUUGUCAUGCAUGAAUCAUGUUAUAGACAAGCCUUUCAUUUAAAGCUCUUGCCAGAUUUUUAUGUUGUUGUUUUUAAACAAACAAUCCUGUUUAUUUUUAUCAGGCAGUGUAUCAAACUUACCAUGUGCCACUUUCUUCCAUUGUACAGAUAUUUCUCACUGAUUAUUUCCAUAUCAUAUCAAUACUCUUUAUUGAAUGUAGGUUUCGAAUGAAUACUUAAACAUCUCAAGACUGCUAAGCUCAUGUUACUGCCAUUGUUAGUGUAAUGCAAUUAAUGAGCUGUGUAUCAUAUUGUUUAUCCAAUAAGUGAGUAAGAGGGAAAAUGGCCCAUCCUAAGGCCAAGCCUUUUUCUGUUUAAUCAAUUGUCAUCCUUUUAUUUUAUAUUAAUAUAUGUUUUAUUGUAGUGAUUUUUCAAUGAGCAAUAGAUCAUGUGCAUGUUAGGAGAAAGGACUUUGGAUAACAUUUCAAUGACCUAAUACUCUCCACUUUUUUAUAUCAUGUUUUUAAAGAAUUGGAAUUAGUGACUUUUCCACUGUAUUGUGAUGCAUUGCCAUAUCUCCCUAAGUAUUUCUUUAGACAGGCUGCCGUACUUAGUUUAUCAAGCCACAAAGAAAAGCAAUGAUGCUUUAUUACUGUAUUCCAUUUAUAUAUUUGUUCCUUUUAUAUCUGUUUUCUUUGUUUAAGUUUUUAACAAAUUUAUUUUUGUUUUAAAGCAUGUGACAACAUGAAAGUCUCCUAUUCAUGUAUUUUGUUGUAUUAAUUUGGGAUUUGAUGAUUAGGAGAACAUAUGAGUUCAUACCACCCCAUCCUUCUUUGCACUUGAUGGUUUAUGUUCCUAAACUUUUCCUGUUCACAGCUGUUGUGUCUCAUGAUUGAUCUCCUAUGAGCUUCUCUACUUACCGCAUUCAAAUAAUACUAGAAAAGGCAGUUUUAUUUUAACAUUAUCAGUAACUUUGCGCUGUACAGAGUAAGCAAAGUGCAUAUCAACAUACCAACUUCAUUCUUCCCUCUAAACUGUGACUGAAACUAGUUUGGCAACCACUUGCAAUUAGAUUCAUUUCCUGCUCAUUUGUUUUUAUUUCAGAACCAAAAUUGUAGCUAUAUCCAUGGUGGAGAAGUUGGAAAGUUUUUGGAAGUAAGCAUAUUAACAAUCCUGAUCAUCUAACUAGGUCUUUCUUUAUUUUUUUAAUGGUCAAUGGUAAUGAGAUAAAGAUCAUCCAAUAUUCAAUGAAUAGUUCAUGACAGAAGUCUGAAAUAUUAUUGAAGUUUUUGUUAGUUGAGAACUAGUUAGUGUUUGGCGUGCUUUUAUAAAAUACAUAACAGCUCUUGUUAUUUCUUUUAUGGUUUGUGCUUUGGCCUUGCAAAAUGAGAAUUGGUCUACUCCCAAAUUUUUAAAGUUUGCACUUGUUAUUAGCCCAAUCAAGGCAUGUAUUUAUAAUUGAAUUUUGUUAACUUCAGAUGCAAGGAAAACUUUCAGAGAAUUAUAAUCUUGUGUGUUUAAAAGAGAAAUGAAAAAGAUUUUUCUAUAUUAAAGCACAAAAGUUUAUUGUACAAAAUCAAGAUCAUAUUGUAGGUUUAGUAUUAGAGCAGAUGUUUUGUGGUUUAUUGAGGCAAUCGUUGCUGGUUUUGCCCAUUUACUAAAUGAUACUCAUAAAGAUAAAUAAAAGACCAAAGUGUUCCAUUGAUGGAUCACAAUAACAGAAAAUUUACGACUGUGAUUCAACACAGUCGUGUUGUUGUGCUCACAACUAUAAAUUUGCUUCAGUCAGACAAUACACCAAACACACACUAAUGUGUUGUAUGUAAUUGAUCAUAUAUUUUGUGACAGAUAAUUAUGUCAUGUAAAAUAUGUAUUUUGUUUUUUUUUUUUGCUUUUUUUUAACCCUUGUGCCAGCUGUCAACCUUAUUCAAGAUAGAUAUUAUUAUACGUCAUGAAUUUUAUACUCCUUAAUUUACCCAAACACUUUUUUUUAUCUGUUGUUUCUUAAUAGAUUGAGUUAACUUUUUUUAAGUCAUGUGUAUGAUUUAAAAUACUUUUCUACUGUGUGGUGAAGCCAUUGAAUAAACAAUUCAAGUAAAACUCCAA